AGAAGUUGACCGAUUAGUGUAGUUACAUACCGGUUCAAUUACAGCCAGUUUCCUUCCUUAUCCUCCCAAUCCGAUAAUAGAUUCCCUCCCACCAAAAACCGUACCACUCUCAGCUCAGCCAUUCUAAUGGCUCUCAAUGGUGGCCGGAUUCUAUGCAACACUUCCACCAUAACACCAUACACCCGCUUACCUUUACACCGGCCGUUCUCUUUCACACACCCUUCCUCAAGAACACCUUUUCACCUAGUUUCAGCCGCUAAGAAACUCUCGUCUAGAACGGGAAAAUUCGACAGCAGGAACAAGAGAGGGUCGACGUCAACUACGGAAGAUGAAUCGUCCGGUGAGUUUAAUGAUGGUGCAAUUGGAACCGUUGAUGGGACUGAGGUAGAGAAUUUUGAUGGAUAUGUGUUGCCGGACCUUCCCGGACUUGAGCCGGAUUUUUGGGAAGGUCCUCAAUGGGAUGCUUUUGGAUUCUUCGUUGAGUAUUUGUGGGCUUUCGGCAUCGUUUUUGCGUUAGUUUCUAGUGGAAUUGCUGUGUCAACAUAUAAUGAAGGUGCAACAGAUUUUAAGGAGACUCCAGCAUACAAGGAAUCGAUUCAAUCAAGGGAUUUGUUAGAAGAACCCGAGGCAUCCAGUCCGGAUGUUUUUGAAUCCAACCCUACUGAAGAAGCUCCUACCUUGGAAUAAGGAAACAGUCAUUUACGUCGAAGCAUGGUUGAUAUUUGUACACUAUUUCUGAAAGAAUAGCAAACAUUGUUUAAGAUAAUGUAAUUUGAUGCUAAAACCAAUUUCUUGUUCAAUGAACGAAUGAUAUAGUUGUGGAAUUUACAUGUUUAGUUUGAACAACCGUUCAUAUGUUAGAAUUUUCAUGUUGCUGGUGUUGGGAUUUC